AAUUUAUCAAUUUAAUUCAUAUAAUAAAUAGAUUUUUUUUUUUAUAAUAAAUAAUAAUAAAAAUGGAAGAAAAAGAAGAAAGAGAUAAGAGUAGAGAUAAAGAAAGAAGUGAUAGGGAUAGAGAUCGUAGUGAUAGAGACAGAGAUAGAGAUCGUGGUGAUCGUAGUGAUAGAGACAGAGAUUACUAUAGAAGAGAUCGUGAUAGAGAUCGUGGUGAUCGUAGUGAUAGAGACAGAGAUAGAAAUAGAGAUAGAGACAGAGAUCGUGAUAGAGAGCGUGAUAGAGAUCGUAGUGAUCGUAGUGAUAGAGACAGAGAUAGAGAUAGAGAACGUGAUAGAGAACGUGAUGGUUAUUCAAAUAAAAAAAGAAGUAGAUCACCACCAGCAUCACGUAGUGGAAGAGGUGACCCAUUUACAGCAACUCCACAAUCAAGAAAGUCAUCACUUUGGGAUAGACAACCUGAUCAAGAAUCACCACCAUCAAUGUCACAGCAGGUACAACAACAAAUGCAACAACAAUUGGACCCACAAAAGAAACAAUCAAGAAGAAUUUAUGUUGGUAAUAUACCACCAGGUAUUACAGAUUCAGAGUUAAUUGAGUUUUUUAAUGCAGCAGUUUUAGCAGCCAAUUUAAAUGUUAAACCAGGACCACCAGUAGUAUUUUGUCAAAUUAAUGCACCAAAGUGUUUUGCAUUCAUAGAAUUUAGAACCCCAGAAGAAGCAACCAAUGCCAUGAGGUUUGAUGGUAUUACUUUAAAAAACUAUACAUUAAAAAUCCGUAGACCAAAAGAUUAUCAACAAUCCAAUGAUCCAACCAACACAUCAGCAUUACCCACUAUCGUACCAACCAAUGUGCCAGAUAGUGAACAUAAAAUAUUUGUUGGUGGUUUACCAAGUAACCUUAAUGAAGAGCAAGUUAAAACAUUAUUAUCAGCCUAUGGUAAAUUGAAGGCAUUCAAUUUGGUCAAAGAUACCAACACUGGUAUUUCAAAGGGUUAUGCAUUUUGUGAAUAUCUUGACCCAGAUGUAACAGAUCAAGCAUGCGCAAGUUUAAAUGGUAUUUCAUUGGCCGACAAAAAUCUAAUUGUUCAACGUGCAAGCAUCGUUGCACAAACUCUCAGUACCAUUAGAUCUACUGUACCAUCAUCACCAACCACAUCGACAACACAAACAUCCAUUGACAACAAUACCAAACCAUCACGUGUCAUUCAACUUUUAAAUUUAGUAGAUAAAGAAGAUUUGUAUGACGAUAAAGAAUAUGAUAAUAUUUUAAUCGACGUUAAAGAGGAAUGUGAAAAUUUUGGACCAACUCAAUCACUUUGGUUACCAAUGCCUUCAAAGAAUCCAUUAGAUGUAACAAGAAUAUAUAUUGAAUUUCAACAACUAGAAUCUUCACAAAAAGCUUGUUUAGGUUUAGGUGGCAAAAAAUAUAAUGGAAGAACCAUUUUUUCAGCAUAUUACCCCGAAGAUUUAUAUUAUAAAAACUCUCAAAAUAUUAAUACCGAUAAUUACGAAGAUCCACCAAAUUAUAAUGGUGAUUAUAAUCAAGAUUAUGGUAGUGAUAAUUAA